UUUCGAGUUCAAAGAAGUAGACGAGUCCUUCAUUCUUCGAGAGCUCGGAUCUCUUAAAACAAAUAAAGCCACCGGUCUAGAUCAAAUCAGCGCAAAGUUACUAAAAGAUUCCUCCUCUAUCAUAGCAUCUGGUCUAACAAAGAUAAUUAAUGCCUCGUUCGUUUCACAAACAUUCCCAGAUGUUUGGAAAAAAGGCAAGAUUAUUCCCUUCUUCAAAUCCAAUGACCCAACAUCUCCUAAUAAUUACAGACCUAUAACUAUUUUACCAAUCGUAAGUAAAAUAAUGGAGCGCAUAGUUCACAGACAAGUGUACGAGUACUUACAAGAGCAUGAUCUAAUCACCUCAGAACAAUUUGGUUUUCGCCCUAAGUUAUCCACAAGCAUUGCUUUGACACAACUCACUGAGGAAAUCUUGCACAAUCUCGACAAUAAAUUGGUUACCGGUGCAGUUUUUAUCGACUUGCGAAAGGCGUUUGACACGGUAGAUCACGAACUGCUAAUUUUGAAAUUAAGAAAUCUUGGUUUUUCAAAGUCUGUCAUUAACUGGUUCACGUCCUAUUUGUCAUCACGUACAGUAGUCACAUCUAUCAACAAUUCAACAUCGAGUGCAAGACCAGUCACCGUUGGU